AAACCAGCCAACAACAAUAACAUCGUUCGUAUCUCAACUCGAAGAACAUCGUGGUUGAUUUGAGUUCCUUUCAUUCGCUCUCACCUUCCAUUAAUUGAUUCACCCAAGAAGGUCACGGCGGGAAAGUUGGAAAGUCAAGGUGCAAUCUUCUCUCCUGGUGAAGAAAAAGAAGAUAAAAAUUUGGAUGAUGAAUGGAGAGGGGGAUAGUGAAGCUCUCCCUGAAGCUGUAUCCUUGAAUGAUAGACUUGAUGAUGAGUUGUUAACAUGGAAAGUUUCGGACCGACAAUUAUUGGAUAGAAGUAAUGAGGUAUCACCAGUUUCAUCACGUUACUCAUCCUGUGGAGAAUCAGAGUUUGAUAGAUACUGUAGUGCUAAUUCUGUAAUGGGUACACCUAGUUUGUGUGGUUCUGUUGGUACAUUUCAGGACUUCCCCGAUUCUGAUAUUGGGUGUGUGAAAAGUUUGAGAGUUGGGGAUGUAGGUGUUCUGGAGAGUUUCAGUUUGGGUGGGAGGCUUGAGAGAAAAAGUGAUGAUAAGAAUUCCUUAGCUUUGGGCAGAUUGGGUGAAUAUCGUCCGAGAAGCGAGUCUUCUGAUGUAAAGAGAGGUUUAAAUAAGAGAAACAAUGAAAAAUCAGAACAAACGUUGGUGGUCAGGGAAAAUGAAAUGCACUCAUAUGAUGAACUGGAAACUUCUUUUACAGAUCUGCCAGAUGGAGGGGGUGUGGUACUGUGGAAAGACGAUAUUAAUUCAAAAAGAAUGCAAAGUACUUCUACUCAUAGGUCUCUUGUAAAUAAUAUAAGCGCAGAAACAAUGGAGAAGCAGAGGGUGGAAGAAGGUUCUGAGCCUCGCAUGGGCAUUGAUCAGGUGAACAACAUAUUUGAAGGUGAAAAACACUUGGAUGCACAUUCUGAAGGGGAAACCUCAGCUCGGUUAGAACAUUCAGAAUCUGAAGGUUCUAUGUUCGGCUAUGGUACAGAUGAUGAGGAACCGACUGACUUGCCUCCCAUAGGUUCUAUGUGGAAAGAUAAUAUUAAUUCCAAAAGCAUACAAGAUACUUCUAAUAAACCUGUUGUAAAUAAUAUAAGUGCAGAAGCAAUGGAGGAGCACAUGAUAGAAGGUUCUGCAUCUUGUAAAGGUAUUCAUCACGUCAACAAUGUUUUUGAAGGUGGACGACACUUGGAUGAACGUUCUGACGGGGAAACCUCAUCUAUGUUAGAACAUUCAGAAUCUGAAGGUUCUAUGUAUGGCUAUGGUACAGACAUUGAGGAACCGACUGGUUUGUCUUCUAGAGGUUACCCCCAUUAUUCACAGGACAAGAAAAGCAAUAGUGAGAACACAUUGCUUAUGACUUCAGCAAUAGCAUAUGGUUCAAAUGAUUGGAAUGAUUUCAUGCAAGAAACCAUGGAAAACCCUCAAAAUUUAUUUGUCAUAGAUGAAAAUCAAGGACACAACCAAAACGAAAUUGGAAGUGGAGGACAUGUCUCGAAAUCCACCUUUGGGUGUCAAAGUAUUGAUGUGUCACAGAAACAAGAAAACGUGAAAGACUUUCAUAUGAACAAUCAGAUUGAUGUUUCCCAUGACUUGCCAAUGUAUUCUAAAACUCAUUCAAUAAGCCAUAUUGAUUUAUUGAAGCAUGGGGAGGAAGAUCGAGGACAGUUUGUGAAUGAUAUGGCAGUCAUUGCCAAACAAGCAGAAGAUGUUAAUCAGCUCAAGUUGGAGGAAGUUUCUCGAGUGGAGAAGGCCCCUUUGAUGGAUGUGCUUCCUAGGAAGCCUGAACAUACAAAUUCAAAAAAAACCACGGACAGUCUCACCAGCCAUCUUAAACUUGGUCAUGUUUCUUCAACUUUGACACAAGAAGCUGAAGACCAUGUAGCUGAAAUGCCCAAAGACAAAAGGCCCUUUUCACUGCAGUCAUUGCCAAAUAUUAAUGUGGAGAAAAAACCAAAUGCUACUCCAAUUUCAUUCAAUAUUCCUGAAGACCUUCAAAAGGCAAGUAAGGCAGAAAACUAUGAACUGAAUGAAUUCUAUGAUGAAGUUGUCUAUGAAAUGGAAGAGAUACUACUUGAUUCUGGUGAGUCUCCUGCAGCUAGGUUCACCCGUAGUAGGAAACAUCAUUCCCAGCUUUCUCUCCCUUCAAGAGACGGUGGCUCUACUGCUUCAACUUCUAGUAUCGACAACUCUCACUCAGUGGUUCACAAAAUUGAUGGCAUCCAAGUAGUUGGUGCAAAGCAGAAGAAGGGGGACGUCUCACUGGGUGAAAGAUUGGUCGGAGUGAAGGAAUAUACUGUCUACACGUUAAGGGUGUGGAGUGGGACCCAUCAGUGGGAGGUGGAGCGGCGAUACCGUGAUUUCUUUACUUUGUAUCGUCGUUUAAAGGCUUCAUUUGCCAACAAAGGUUGGGAUCUUCCUUCUCCUUGGUCAUCGGUUGAUCGGGAGUCCAGGAAAUAUUUCGGCAAUGCCUCUCCAGAUGUCAUUUCAGAGAGAAGUGUUCUCAUUCAAGAAUGCUUACAAUCUAUUAUACACUCCAAGUUCUCAUCCAGUCUCCCUAGUUCUAUGAUGUGGUUCUUAUCCCCACCAAAGACCGGGCCGGGUUCCCCUGUUUUUAACACACAUAUUUCUCAGUCACAAAUUUCCUCUGGAAGCAAGCCUACACCAGUGUACACAUUGGGGCAGUCAAUAUCACUUAUUGUUGAAAUCAGGCCUCACAAAUCAAUGAGGCAAAUGCUAGAAGCACAGCAUUAUACUUGUGCAGGAUGCCACAAAUACUUUGAUGAGGGAAAAACUCGGUUGUGGGAAUUUGUACAAACGCUCGGGUGGGGCAAGCCUCGUGUUUGUGAAUAUAGCGGUCAGGUGUUUUGUUCAUCUUGUCACAUAAAUGAAACUGCGAUCUUGCCUGCUAGAGUUUUGCAUUGGUGGGAUUUUACAGAGUAUCCAGUGUCUCAGUUGGCUAAAUCAUAUCUGGAUUCUAUUCAUGACAAGCCAAUGCUUUGUGUCAGUGCUGUGAACCCUUUCCUGUUCUCCAAAGUUCCACCUCUACAACACGUUAUAAAUGUCAGGAAAAGGAUCGGGCGAAUGCUUCCAUAUGUUCGUUGCCCAUUUCGUAGGUCCAUAUACAAAGGAGUUGGGUCCCGGAGAUAUAUCCUUGAAAGCAGCGACUUCUUUGCUCUGAAAGACCUUGUUGAUCUUUCUAAAGGAGUAUUUGCAGCACUGCCAGUGAUGGUAGAAACUAUUUCCAAGAAAAUUGUGGAUCAUAUCACUGAUGAAUGUUUGAUAUGCUACGAUGUGGGCGUCCCCUGUGGUGCUCGACAAGCUUGUGAUGAUCCAUCUUCUCUCAUUUUCCCUUUUCAGGAAGGUGAGAUUGAAAGGUGUAAACCUUGUGAAUUGGUUUACCACAAAGCUUGCUACAAGAAGACGGUUACUUGCCCAUGUGGUGUGGAUCUUGGGGAACGAUCGGUUAGAACCCCGAACGUCAGCACAAAUGAGGUUCCAAAAAACUUGGUGAACGAUACAGAAUCGAGAUCUUCAAUGGCGUUCCUCUCGGGGCUGUUGUCGAAGGCUACUCCUGCAAAAUUCUGGAGGCCGAAGGACAACGAUACGGUAAUCCCAAUGGGUUCCUUACCAAACUCUUCUCUUUGAUUUGUUUGUAUUUAUGGAACUCAAUUUUGUUUACUUUCAUAUUCACAAAAAGAUUUAUUUGGAAUCUUUGAUACUACCCCUUAAUUCUUUGUAAGCAUUUGGUGGAAAAAUGAGUGAAAAAUCCUUCCUUCCCCACAUUUUUCA